UCCAUGCUCAGCAUCCUUCUGGGGGAGGAGUCCAGGGCGUACGGAGGCGGAACGUGGGCCUCGCCCCUUCCCCACGUCGUGCGUACGGGUGACUGGCAGCGUCUCUCUAGUGCUGCAGAGACUAUAGCUUUCAAGCUUUGGGACUUGUACACUUCGCGGGCCUAGGUUCCCGCUUUUUGCAGGGAUGCCGAAGAUCAAGUCAGGGGCGAGCGGCUGCCGCAAGCSACAGGAACAGCGCCGGGAGCUAAAAAGCUCCGGAGGACUCAUGUUCAACACGGGAAUUGGGCAACACAUUUUGAAAAAUCCUCUCAUUGUUAACAGCAUUAUUGAUAAGGCUGCCCUAAGACCAACUGAUGUGGUGCUGGAAGUUGGACCUGGAACUGGCAACAUGACUGUAAAGUUGUUAGAAAAGGCAAAAAAGGUAAUUGCCUGUGAACUUGACACAAGGCUAGUAGCAGAACUGCACAAAAGAGUUCAGGGCACACCUCUGGCCAGCAAACUUCAAGUUAUGGUGGGUGAUGUGUUGAAAACAGACUUGCCAUUCUUUGAUACUUGUGUGGCAAAUUUGCCUUAUCAGAUCUCUUCUCCUUUUGUCUUCAAGCUGUUGUUGCACCGACCUUUUUUCAGAUGUGCUAUACUUAUGUUUCAAAGAGAAUUUGCCCUCCGACUGGUUGCAAAACCUGGAGAUAAGUUAUACUGCAGACUCUCAAUUAAUACACAGCUAUUAGCACGUGUGGACCAUCUAAUGAAAGUUGGAAAGAAUAACUUCAGACCACCACCCAAGGUAGAAUCCAGUGUUGUAAGGAUAGAACCCAAGAAUCCACCACCACCUAUCAAUUUUCAGGAAUGGGAUGGCCUAGUAAGGAUCACUUUUGUAAGGAAAAACAAGACACUAUCUGCUGCAUUUAAAUCAAGUGCAGUACAACAGCUGUUAGAAAAAAACUACAGAAUUCACUGUUCACUCCAUAAUAUUAUAAUACCAGAAGAUUUCAGCAUAGCAGAUAAAAUACAGCAAAUCCUAACCAGCACAGGUUUUAGUGACAAACGGGCCCGUUCCAUGGACAUAGAUGACUUUAUCAGAUUGCUACAUGGAUUCAAUGCAGAAGGUAUCCAUUUUUCCUAGCUAUUUGGAAAAUAAUUUUGUCAAGGUCAAGAAAAAUUAAUUCUAGAUUUCUAAUAUUUGAGAAGACAAAUUCUGCUUUUGCUCAAUUGGAACAUUAUUUGCUUGACUAUUUUUGUACUGUUAUUUUGUAUUUUUAAGGCGGUAACAAGUCUUGUUUGUUUUGAAUGUAAUACACGUGGCAGGGUUCAAUCUAUACACAGUAUCUUCAAGUUCAAGAGCCGCAGAUACGCACAACCUUAAACUUACCAUUUCUAGCAGUUUAUCGUACAUCUCUUUACCAUGUUCUAUACUGUAAAGACCUUUUUAGGCCAUCAGCUCUGUUCCUCAAGUUUAAGUGUGUUCAAUUAGUCACAUAUUAACUAUCCAUUUCUUAUUCACAUGUACAAUAAAAUAGUUGUUUCUUAAAAUGUUAUUUGCUUCUUUCUUUUCCCUAUUUACACAGUUUCUUCUAUUGUCACCUACCUCUUCAGCUAUAAUGUUGCAGCAUAGGCUACAUGGUGGUUCUGGGUAAGACUCAGUCUGUUGCUAUCAUACAAUGCCAGGCAUGUUCUGAGUUUGACUCCUUAUCUAUAAAACGAGGAAGCUCAGCUAGAAUGAAAUUAACUAUAAAAUUAUAUCAUUUUUCUUGGAGAGAUAAUCAUAGAGUUUUAUAAUUCAAAAAUAGGUUUUAAAAUAUGUGCUGUUAACGCCAUUAAAAAAAAAAAAAGUUUUUUYCCCCACAACUACAGGUUCCUGGCAUUAAUGAAUCUAUAUAAUGAAAAGUUUCAGUACUUUUUUUCAUAUACCUGGUAUUUACUUUUAAGCUAUGUAAAAAUUAUCAAAUUGAGAAUUCCAGUAGAGUCAUAUACAAGUUUUAUUAGCUACUCAGUUCAAAUCAAUAUAGUGUUAAAUAUAUUUUAAUGAAUUAAGAAAUUAAUAAAAAUACCUUCAUUGAUAUUUGGCUUUCUGUAUAACUAAAACUUAAUAGGAGUGAUUCCAAUUAAUUUGCAAAGGUACACUGAGUAAACCUAGAAGGGAAGAUAUUUAAGUCUGGCUUCAMAGUCAUAUAGUAAAUGUUACUAGUUAAAAUAAUAUUUAUAUAUCAGCUUUCAAGUCUGAGAAAAUACUAAAAAGUGUUAAAUUCAGAACAAAAAAAUGAAGUUACUUAGCUGUACAAUCCAGUUUUACUACAUGAAUAUUAAAAAUCUACUUAAGGGUAGAUUUUUUUUUUUUAAUCUCAAAAACCAUUUACUUUGCAAAGUUCACUUUURUCCUAGCUUUGUCCUAAGAUUGAAUUCAGCUUUCUUAGGUUGUUUCCCUCUAGCCUUAUAAACUGCUUAGUUUUAGUCCCUUUUCUGUUCUUCAGUUCUCACCUCCCAAGUUCUUUGCUGGUACUAAAUUUUUGAGAAACCUUGACUACCACUGAGAAUGAAGCUAUCAUAGUAUAAGGGAGCAGAAUUAUCUCUAAAAAGACCCUCCAAAGAAUGGUAUCCAUCCAAUGCAAAUAAUAUCAAAGCUAAUCUGUUUUGCUUACACUGCUCAACCUUAUGUCUUCAUUGCCCUUUGUAGAUUAGUCUCAAAAACUGCCUUUUUUAUAUAGUCCCUGCAGUGUCAACAGUUACCACUUCUCCAUUCUUCUUUGAAAUAAACAGAAAUAGAAUACAUCUUAACAAAUGCAAGAAAACCUGAGUUCCUUCCAAAACAAAGGUCAUUGUAUUGAAGUAAAUUAUCUCUAAACUCAUACCAUAGAUUUCAUUUAUUAAUAG